CACUGCCGGAAUGUAGCCAGUUUCUCCGGUUCGCCGUGAAAAGACGGUGAUUUCAAACGGAAAUCAGCCGCCACGGGGACCAUGUCACACCACAAUGUGGUUAACGGAUGCAAAAUGGUCGCUGCGCUUCUUCUUUGGUUUGGUUCCUCUGCUGGAGACAUACACACAGAGUAUCCUCAUGCAGCAGAGACCCUGGAGCGCACUGCACACAACUCUGUUGGAUUGGAUGAGGUGGUGUUAGUGAUCCAGAGUCAGAGGAACUCCUACCACACCCGUCGAGGUGGUCAGAGUAAGCUGGAGAUUCUGCAGCAGGCAACUGAACUGGGACAGGGAGUUCCAAUUGUUCUUCUUCUCCAUGAGCUGUCAGAGUAUGAGGGGGAUUGGAGUAUCCUACCUGCGCUUCCUCUUCUUUCUGCGACUUAUGGCCGAACAGCAUCCUGGUUUGUCUUCAUAGAGGAGGAAACCAGAGUCUCACUGCCUGCUCUGCUGCACGUCCUCCACAGAUAUCCAGUCCAAGAGGAAUUGUUUUUGGGUAAGCCUCUCCAUGACAAUGAGGCCUCCAUCAUCCACCACUACGCCUUCUCUGAAGACCCCAGUUCCUUUAGUUACCCUGACCCUGCAGCAGGCUGGACUCUCAGCAAGCCACUGCUCCAGAGACUCGCUGAGCGGAUCCAACACGAACGUCUGAAGUCAGAUUUUACCAUUGACUUGAAACAUGAGAUUGCGUUGUAUAUUUGGGAGGAAGGAAAUGGUCCAAAGCUGACAGCAGUUCCAGAGUUUUGUACAGAGACAGGAGACUUCUGUGCUACGACGUUUACAACCUACCUACCCAACUGUGGAGAUCCAGUGUCGAAGAAAGAUGUAUUUGUUGCUGUGAAAACUUGCCAAAAGUUCCACUCAGAGCGAGUUCCAGUGGUGAAAGCAACCUGGGAGAAAGACGCUGAGUUUUUAGAGUAUUACAGUGAUGUCACUGAUGCCUCCAUACCCACAAUCAGUCUGGGAGUGCCCAAUACUGAGAGAGGACAUUGUGGGAAGACAUUUGCCAUAUUGAGGCGGUUCCUGAGCAGAGCUGUGCCAAAGGCAGGUUGGCUACUCAUUGUUGAUGAUGAUACACUAAUCAGUUUACCCAGGUUGCGCCGGCUGCUGCGUUGCUAUGACCCAAAGGAAGCAGUGAGCCUGGGGGAGAAAUACGGCUACGGCUUGGUUCAAAACGGAUACAGCUACAUCACAGGAGGAGGAGGGAUAGUGCUCAGUAGGGUGGUGGUGUCCAGGCUUGUUUCCAGCGGUUGUAGCUGCUACAGUGAUGAUGCUCCUGAUGACAUGGUGCUGGGCAGGUGCUUGACUUCCCUUGGUGUUCCCAUCACACACAGUCCACUGUUCCACCAGGCCAGACCGGAUGACUACUCCGAGACAAUGGUCUCCUUGCAGCAACCCAUCUCCUUCCACAAGCACUGGAACAUAGAUCCCGUGGCUGUCUACAAACACUGGCUGCAAGACGCACACCCACGAGAUGAAUUGUAGAAACACUGAACGUAUACAGUAUGUACCUGUAGACGGACAUUAAAUCCCAACUUGCACAACAGCUUGCCACUAAAGAUGAAUAAACAAGCACCCACCACCACAGGAAGUGUAAUACACUUGCAGCUGUAGAGAGACCUGGCAAACAUGCCCUGAAACAUCAUUCUUAUAAGCCUUUAAUACCUGCAUUGAUUGACUGUAUUUUUGAUAUCAACAUUAGCUCAAAUGAUCUGUAUGAAGUAAAAGUGGUCACAGAGAAUAAUCACCUAAGUCUGCAGCUCCACAGAGGGUUUUAGCCUCAUUUAGCUCUCUUUUUUUCUUUUUUUUUUAAUGGCCUGCACACUGACUGUAUGAUUAAGCCGGAACAAACAAGCUCAAUUUAAAAGCAAAGGAAACGUGCUUAGUGGAUGCUAAUGUUUCUUUGUCUCUGCUGGAUGUGUAAGUAAGUGAGUGUUUGCUAACAUGUUAACCAUUAGCUGUGUAAGCCAUGGAUAUGAGGAUGGCUUUGUGUCUCUUGGAUUGUUUUAAAAAUGUUCUGAACCAUAGUGGCCAAAUAUUAAUUACUGAAAACUUUAAAAAGUUUUUAAAAAGAGUCUACAACAACACUAGCGGCUCUGUCUGCUGUACUUAAGCACACCAGUGCUUUGAGCUAUAAUGCUAAUGUCAGCAUGCUAACAUGCUCACAAUGACAGUCCUAAGUCCAUGUUAGCGUGCAAAUAUUUGGUUGCUGGGAAUCUUAUUAAAUAUUCAGGUAUUUGGAUGAUAUGGACUGAUUAUAGGUGGAAAGAGUAGUGGACUGGCCGAGCAUGCUGCUGGCGUUUCCAAAAACAGUGUCUAGCACCCAUUAGAGGGACUGCAUCCAGAGGUGCACUCUGAAGACACACUGGUUGCUGCUUGGAUUGUGAGAGUGGAGGUCUGAGUGUCACUGUUGUCAUAAACUAAAUUUGAACAAAUCCUUCAACCUAGAAUUGUAUUUAUUUAAGAAAGAUUAUGUUAAUGUGUUUAUUAUAAUGUAAAUCUAUUUUUCAUUUGGGUUAUUAAGUGUUAUAGUGAGAAAGGUUGAAAAUCUGAAUGAUGUGCAUUUUAUUUGUGAAGAGACACUCUUCAGUGUUUAUUUUAUUUUAUUUCCCUUUGAGCCUGGAAACCUCUGAAAUGAAGACAAAAUACGUUGAAGAUAAAACAAUACAAAGUUAGCCAACAGUUGAAAUAAAAUACUUAAACAGUGGUCACAAUACUAAGAAGGCUAAAAUAGGAAUACGAAUAGUGAGUCAUGGAUAGUCUUGUUAAAAUAGUCAUAGUCUCAGAUUACUCAAUUUUAAAUCAGAUUUUAAAUGCCAAUGAUAGUGAAAAGAACAUAAUCUACUUAGUUCAGUAUAUUUUUAUUUACAUUUUGUUUUCAUUUCUCUUUUCAGACAGAUACACUUUUGAAAUAAUAGUGUGACAUUUUUGGAAAUUAGCUUUUUCUUGCAGAUAGAUAGAUUCCCGUAAAAUUUCAAACUAUUCCUUUAAAUUUGAAAACAUUUUUAUACAGUGAAAACCUCUUAUAGUGAUAACAUAAGCGGAUGAUUAUUAUGACCAAAUUAUUUUCUUUUUCUUUUGAAGAUUACUGUGUAAUUAACAUUUGUAUUUUUAUAAGAUGAAUUUAAAGUAAUGAAACAGACUGCUUAGCUAUUUACUGAAUUUUAUUGACCCAUUCAAAGCACUGCAGCUGUUUCAAAUGCUGCUCAAAUUACUAUUCAAAUUAAAUUUCUGUACUGUGUAUUAUUGAAAUACACUAUAUUGUAAUACAGCACAGUAGUGUAUAUAAUAGCUUAUAGUAGUUCAAAUUAUACUUAGACUGUAGCCUAAAACAGUAGUAUGCUGUUUACUAUAGGCCUACUUUAAGGUCAUUAAUGCAAAUAGGUUACUAAGCCGUCACAGUACUUUCAGUGGAUUUCUAACUUUUUAACAGGCCUGAAAAUAAAUUGUAGUCUGUCAACGCCCAACUGGUAGCAGAGUUUAAAAACAUAAACAAUUCAUAAAAUAUUCAGAUUUUGCAUAGCAUGAGAUCAUGCAUGAAAAGACCCAAAAUAAUCACUGUAAGCAAACUACUAGAUUAUAUAUAUAUAUAUAAGCAAAUUAUUUAAAAAGCAUUUUUAUAGGAAUGAUUCAGUCCCAAGCUUUUUGAUUACUAUAAGCCUGUGUGUGAGUGUGUGUGGGCAUACAUAUAUAUAUAUUUGUAUCUGAAAAAAAAAUAAAAAAGUCUGUGUGCUAAGUUAUGUGUGCAAGUUUUUUAUGAAUUUGCUCUUUAUAUGUUUACCACAUAGAAUAUAAUUGUGUGAAUGAGUCUUUAAGGGAGGAACUUUCAAUAGCAUUACAUUUUUUGACCUGUUAACAUUGUGUAUGUGGUCUAGUCAGCGUGGAUGGGUGUUAAGAGUGAUUACAACCACAGCUGGCAAGCCUACAUUAAAAUGCCAUUUCGCAGCUGUUUUUGUGAAUAUAUAAAUGUUUGUGUGUGCUUGCUGAAAACCUGUCAUUUCUUUUAUUGCCACAUUACUGAUGGGGAAAAUCACAUGCCGUUGUAGGGUGCACACAGAGAAGUUAUGUCUGUCGUCCUCCACUUCUCUGUCUUACCUAGAGAAUAAUUACACACAGAUUAUACUGCACUUUAACGAAUUAUUGCCAUAUAUUAGAUGCUAAAUUAUAGUAAUAUACUCUUAAUAAAAUCGAUUUCAUCUCAGAAGACCAUCGUAGUUAAAGUUUUUUUAAAAAGUGUUGCACCCCAAAUCGUUUUGUUUGUGAGUCUUGUACCAUUCUGUUGUUGUCGUCACACUUGUCACCACACAGCUUGAAAAUGCCCUGAAAUAAUUUCUUUUUCAACUCUUGAUGGUGAUUAAAGUUGUAAAAAGAAGGCUUGUAUGUCUGUAAUUGAGUACCAAUCUUUGAUGAUAUUACAAGAGACUCAGCUUUUUCUUU